AUGGCGCCGUUUUCAUUCCUCCUUACACUUUUGCUCUAUACCCUGUCCGCCGGUGCCAGCGUUCUGGAAUCUCGCUCAUCGGCCCUCCUUCCUAGGGCAGGAUCCCUCCAGCAGGUCACAAAUUUUGGCGACAACCCAACCAAUGUUGGCAUGUACAUUUAUGUGCCUAACAAUCUUGCAUCAAACCCCGGCAUUAUUGUUGCCAUCCAUUACUGCACAGGAACCGCAGAAGCAUACUACAAUGGUUCUCCCUACGCUAAGCUGGCAGAGAAGCAUGGCUUUAUUGUCAUCUAUCCCGAGAGCCCGUACCAAGGCAAAUGCUGGGAUGUUAGCUCGCGGGCAAGCUUGACUCACAACGGCGGUGGGAACAGCAACUCCAUCGCCAACAUGGUCAAGUGGACCAUCAAGAAGUACAAGACAAACACCAGCAAGGUAUUUGUGACAGGAAGCAGCUCUGGAGCCAUGAUGACGAACGUCAUGGCCGCGACGUACCCCGAUAUGUUCGCUGCAGGAGUUGUUUACAGUGGUGUGGCCGCCGGCUGUUUCAUGUCUAAUACCAAUCAGCAGGCAGCAUGGAACAGUACCUGCGCACACGGUAAGUCAAUUGCGACUCCCGAGGCCUGGGCCCAUGUUGCAAAGGCUAUGUAUCCGGGAUACGAUGGACCACGGCCAAGGAUGCAGAUCUAUCACGGCAGUGCCGACACCACCCUUUACCCGCAGAACUACCAGGAAACCUGCAAGGAAUGGGCGGGUGUCUUUGGAUACGACUACAAUGCUCCGCGGUCUGUGGAAAACAACAAGCCCCAAGCGAAUUAUAAGACGACCACUUGGGGAAAAGAGCUACAGGGCAUCUAUGCGACAGGCGUGGGACAUACGGUGCCAAUCAAUGGUGACCGGGAUAUGGCCUGGUUUGGCUUUGCCAAAUGA